AAGGGUGAAAACAAAUAGUGCAAAAUAGAAAUAAAUUAAAAUGAGGUGUGCCGUCAAAAAUUGCAAUAAUAAUAAUAAGUCAAAACUUUCCACAAUGAGUUUUUUUAACUUCCCGUCGGAUACUAAUUUAUUAAAGCAAUGGAGAAGUUUUUGUCGUCGCGAUAGUAAAAUGAAUGUAAAGACGUCGCAAAUCUGUAUGGAACAUUUUAAACCAGAGGAUUUAGAAAACAGUUUGCAAUUUGAAAUGGGUUUUACCAAAAAACGAUAUUUGAAGCGCGGUGCUGUGCCUACUGUUCAUAAAGAAUCUUCUACGGACGAAGAGCGUCAUAAGGACCAUGUACAGCGAAUCAAAAACCAUCAAAACAAACAAAUUGUUGAUAUGUUUAUUGAAGAACACGAUGCAGAAUCUAUUUCGAUUGAUGAAAAAUUGGAAAUAAUCCAAUGUCGUACAUGUUACAACGCCACCAAAGGUUUAAAACCCUUAUCAGAUCUAACCAAUUGCAGUGGUGGUCAACAGAUAUCAUAUGCUGAGCUGCUGGCGGAUGUUUCUAACAUAAAUAUAAUGGAAGACUUUUAUAAUGAAUUGCCACAAUUUAUAUGCGAAGUGUGUCAACGAAAAUUAAAAGCGGCUCAGGCAUUUAUACAACAGACCCAUGAAGUUAAUGAGCGACUAAUUGCCCUGCUAAGUAGCCAAAAAGAAUCAAAUAUUCUAGAGGAGACACCAGUUCAAGUAAAAAUGGAAUACGACGAGACAAUUACAGAAGCAGAGACUGAGUCCCAUUGGCAAGUCGAACUCAAACAAGAAGAAUCUGAAGAAAUUCCUGAAGGUUUGGUGAGCGGAAUGAGAGCGGGUGAUGGCAAUGAUAAUAUGGAAUUUUUUAAAAUUAAUAAAGUAAAUCCAACUACCGAUGUACAAAGUGAUAUAACACAAAUGCUUCAACUUCUCAAUAGAAAAAUUGACAUGUUAACACAUAAUAAUGAAAUAUUGAAAAAUCAAAUGAGAGAUAUCAAAAAUCAAAAUACUAUGGUUUUAAAUGUAUUAAGUGAAAAUACGGAUGCAAUUGAAAAAUCUUUAAACAAGAAUCCGAAAUAUUUAAAAAUGUUUCCGAUAAGCACUAUAAACCAAUUAAAUGAAAUAGAAGACAGUAUAAACGAGCAAAACGAAAAAGAAUUUAUUUCUUCCAUAAGAGCAAUAGCUGGACAGCGUGGUUUGAAAAAAGGUCUAUCAGAUAUUAUGACACCUAAACUUUUAGUAGAAUUUAAUGUAGACGGCAGCCAUAAUAAGCAGCGGCUAUUAAAUUAUACAAAGUUUGUUAAUGUUUUAUUUCACGGCACCUAUGAUGAAAAUUGUACUGAAAAAUCAUUCAAAUGUCAUUUAAGAGAUGCUUUAAAGUUGGUUAAAAAUCGUUACUUCAAAGAAAAAUGUAUAUCUAAGGACAAAAAUGAAAAUAUAGCAAAAGAAAGUAGCGCUUCAAAAAAUGGUGAUACCCAGGAUAUCCAGCAAAAUGAUGUUGUUAAUACAUAAUUAUCAAAUAAACCUGCAUUUUUCUUAUGUGUAUUUUAACAGAUUAAUCUGUAAUGUAGUUAUACUGUAUUUAUAUUAUUAUAAAAAAAACUAAAAUACUUUAAAAAAUAUAAAAUUGAUAAAUUAAUUAG